UUUUUUUUUUUUUUUUUUUUUUUUCCUCAACAUCGACACCGACGACGGUCUGCAGCUUUUACCCCCAUAAUAUUCAGCAUUUCUGGUCGAAACAGGGCUAGCGUCGUCUUACCGUCCGGUUUCUAUCUUUGCGACUCAUUUUAUUCCAAGUUUGUCGCCUGUUUUCCCGGAUUUCGUACAGAGAAAGAUGGGCAAGAAAGCCUCUCGGGCGCCGGCCUUGAAGACAUCUUCGGCCGCGACGCCAGCGGUUGCCAGUCAAACAUACACGGGGAAUAAGUCUUCGAUUUUGCGAGCUGCUUUUGCGCCAUCGGAGUACCAAUUGGCCCUUUUUGCGUCCGUUAUCCAGGGUCUCGACGCUCAACACCUCCGCAUCCAUGACACAAACACGGGACGAUUGCAGUGCGAACAUGUGCUAGCUCCGAAGGAAACAAUCACGUCGCUGGACUGGGGCUACUAUCCGGGCCGCCAGCAAAAGGACCAGCAGUCGAAGAAGAAGAGGAAGCGCCCUUCCGACGUCAAUGGAGCCGGUGGAGAUCUGGGCGAUGUGGUUGUUGCGUUUAGUACAAGUUCCUCCGAUGUUCGUAUGUACUCGCCUGCUGAGGACAAGAUUGUGGGAUCGCUUGCGAAUGGGCACGAGAAGGGUGUUAAGGAAUUCAAGUUUACUGCGGGACGGUCGAGCCAGGAAGGCUGGAGUAUCGGAGGUGACAACAAGCUCGUGCAGUGGGACCUGCGCACCGGUCAAGUUCAAAGAACAAUCAACCUCCCAACCACGUCGACAUUUACCUCUCUUUGCCGCCCAUUCCCUUCGAAUCCUCCCGUCAUCUGCGCCUCUCAGACACCGUACAUCAUCAAUGUCGAAAACGACGAAGCUCCGAUUGCAUUCCCUGCCAUGCGUAAUACGAUCCAGACAAUCAUCUCUUCUUCGACGGACUCGUCUGCAGGGCUCUUCCUCGCCUCCGACAACGAUCGUUACAUAAACGUCUUCGACUCCAAGACCCAAAAGCUCGUUCUUAACCUCGUUGCAGACAAAGAGGUCUCUUCGUUAUCGCUGUACGCCGGUUCGGACAAGCAAGCGUCUUCUUUGGAAAACCAGGUUCUCGCAGCUGUGACGGAGGACGGCACAAUUGAGCUUUUCACGAAGCCUUUCGUUCAGGCUCAAGGAUCGAAAGAAACUACUAGUCUCAAGGCCAAGGGAAAACAGAUGACUCGGAGAGCCGACGCUUCGAUCCAAAUCACUCGCUCAGAAAACUCGGAUGCGCUUGUCUCUGUGGUGGCUGCGUCCAUCCAGGGAUCGGAUGUGGUGGUUGCUUAUGCCGAAGGCGGUGUUAUUCCAGUGUUUGAACGAAUCAGGUGGCAAAACGGAGAGACUGACGAGCUCUCAUUUACUGGUACGAAGAAGGUGCCGAAGACCAAGUCCAGCAACUCCGUACUCGCUUCGGUAUCUACAAACAAGGCGAAGAACGCAGGUGAAAGUCAGGUCGAUGAGUCUCGGGCCGUUGUUGAGCAAGGAAAUAUCGCCGGUGAUGAUGAUGUUGAAAUGCAAGACACCAAGCAGGGUGAUGCGUCGGAGUCCGACAGUGGGGAGGAAAACUCGGACGAGGAACAAGAACCCAAGAAGUCGGACGAAAAGGAGGACACCCCGAAGAAGAAGAAGAAGGAGACCGACAACGACGUCGAGAUGCAGAACGCAUCUGGCUCAGACGAGGAAGAUGGAGAAGGGGAGGAAGAGGAGACAGGCGAGCCGUCGUUCGGUGAGCUUAUGCGGGCAAACGCAUCGGAAGAAGUCGACGUCGAGGCCGAACUCGACGACGAAGUUGGAAUGGGCGCUCUGGUACCCGGUAAACCUAACGCGGCCGUCCAACAAAUUCCCACUGGCGUCUCCCUCUCCACCGUCCUCACUCAGGCCCUCAAGACCAACGACAGCGGCAUGCUCGAGUCUUGCUUCCAUACCGGCGACCUCUCCAUCAUCCGGACUACCAUCCAGCGUCUCGACUCCUCGCUGGCAGCUACCCUUCUUCAAAAACUCGCCGAACGCCUUUCUUCGCGCCCUGGCCGGUAUGGCCACCUUCUCGUGUGGGUGCAGUGGACAUGCGUGGCACACGGAGGUGCUCUUGCCGGUAAGCCCGAGCUCCUGAAGCGCAUGACCACGCUGUUCAAGGUGAUGGACCAGCGCUCCUCGAGUCUGUCCUCGUUGCUCCUGCUCAAGGGCAAGCUCGACAUGCUCGAUGCACAGCUGAGCCUGAGACAAUCCAUCCGCAGCAACGCAGAGGGCAUGGACAGCGAGGAUGAGGACAACGUCAUCUACGUUGAGGGACAAGAAGACGAGGAAGAUGAGGACAGCGAUGCCGAAGCCAAGAACGCGGCGACGCCCCGCACCAAGUCGAUACGCGACCAAGCCAUGGACGAGGACGAGUCGAUGAUCAACGGUGUGCAAUCCGGCUUUGAUGACUCGGAGAACGAUGAGGAGGAGGGAAGCGAGGAGGAAGAGGACGAGGACGAGAACAUUCUCGACGUCGAGGCAGAGGAAUCCGCCGGCUCUUCGGACGCUGAAGAGUCACUCGAAGAAGAUGAAGGCGAUGAAGACGACAGUGCUGAGAGCGAAGGCUCGAUUGCUGACUUUGUUGCUGACUCGGAAGAUGAUGGGGAGUCUGAUGUUGAAACGCCCGCGCAACCCCCGCCGUCCAAAAAGGCCAAGGUGCAGGGUAGUGCCAAGGGGAAGAAUAAGGGGGGAAGGAAGUAAAGGAUUCCUUUUUAGAGCAUGAAUGAAUAUAUAACUUAUGUAUCUACCAAGCAACCUACUACCUACCUACCUAUACCCUGUUUUUCUCUUUUCAUAUAUGUAAUGCUUUGUUUGGUUAGUUUACAGGGAGAAAGAGGGAGGGUUUUAUUUCAUUAAAAGUGACGUCUAUUUCUUUUCUUUGUGUCUAUCAUUGUUUCUUAUUCAGCCGUGCAUCCCAGUUUAACUGUACAGAAUACAAAGCUGCGCCUGCCUCACUGAACAGGCAAACAUUUUGCCAAU